UUGAAAUAAUACGGGCGGGAAAAUAUAAAUACUCAAUACACACGCGGUCCACACUCAAAGCCCAUCGGUUCCCCCAAACCCAUUUUUCAAAUUUUCUCUCCCUCUCUCUCUCUCUCUCUCUCUCUCUCUCUCGCUCGCUCUGCUUUCAAUUUUGCAUCCGAUCUAGAACUUGGCAGAGAUAUAUAGCGGUAAAUUAUAAAGGAUGGGUGUGGAGAAUUAUCAUGUAAUUGAGCUUGUAGGUGAAGGUUCCUUCGGGAAAGUAUACAAGGGAAGGCGAAAGUUCACGGGCCAGACUGUUGCAAUGAAAUUCAUCAUGAAGCAUGGGAAAACUGACAAGGAUAUACAUAAUCUGAGACAAGAAAUUGAGAUUUUGAGAAAGCUGAAGCAUGAAAAUAUCAUUGAAAUGCUUGAUUCCUUUGAAAGCCCACAAGAGUUUUGCGUUGUCACGGAAUUUGCACAAGGUGAACUAUUUGAGAUUCUUGAGGAUGAUAAAUGCCUCCCUGAAGAACAAGUUCAAGCAAUCGCAAAGCAGUUGGUGAGAGCACUGCAUUACUUGCAUUCCAACCGCAUCAUUCAUCGAGACAUGAAGCCUCAGAACAUUCUCAUUGGGGCUGGCUCUAUUGUUAAGCUUUGUGAUUUUGGGUUUGCACGUGCAAUGUCCACAAACACUGUUGUUUUGCGGUCGAUUAAAGGCACUCCUCUGUACAUGGCUCCGGAACUAGUACGGGAACAACCCUAUAACCACACUGCAGAUUUGUGGUCUCUUGGAGUUAUACUGUAUGAGUUAUUUGUUGGCCAGCCUCCUUUUUAUACAAAUUCUGUAUAUGCUCUCAUCCGGCACAUUGUUAAGGAUCCAGUAAAAUAUCCAGAAAAUAUGAGUCCAAAUUUUAAAAGCUUUCUCAAGGGAUUGCUCAAUAAGGUACCACAAAAUCGGUUGACUUGGCCUGCUCUUCUUGAACACCCUUUCGUUAAGGAAAUGUCAGAUGAACUGGAGGCAAGGGAGAUCCAUUAUGUAACUGCAAGGGAAUGUGACGAAACAAGCACGGUUUAUAAGACAAAUGGUAAGUUCAAUUCUCCAGCACCUUCAGGGAAGAGUAAUGGGCUGACCUUUCAGAAUGAUGCUCAGUUAAAUGUUCCCAACUCCACAACAGGCAAUUCUUCACCAUGUGAAGAGUUCCCAGGAUUCUCAAGUCCUAAUGAUGUUAAACAGUCAGGUUGUCAGACAUUGGAUAGACUGGAAAAUAAUUCUCGUACUGUCAAAGGGGCACAACUGAUUGGACAAGAUAAUGAAGCACUCGCAAAUGUUUUGCUACCUCUUAAAAGAUGGUCAAAAGGAUCCCAAGAUACUAGCAGUCCAUACAGGGAUCAAGAAAUUCUUAGUUCAAACCAGUCACUCAGAAUUAUUUCAAACUUAGUUGCAGCUGGUGCCAUCCAGUCCAGUGGAUUGCUUGAUGAAAUAAUACGUGAGCUUCUAGUUUUCACUGCCAUUCUUGUUAGCUUGAGAUCAUCUGAAGUUGACGACUUAAAAGCAAAGAGCUUCUCAGUCAUCAAAAUUUUACUUGACAAUAGAGGAAGUGGUACUGCUGGCUCAUACUUCAAACACUGGGUGGCAUUAGCUGAAAUUUUUUCACAGGUUGUUGGUUGCAGUGAAGAUGCAUCAGCAAGAGUUCUACAAGAGUCCAUUGCUUGCAUUGCUGUCAUGUUAUCAUCUGUUGCUCAAGGUCUAAAAGCAAUUUGUUCAAGUUCAGGGCCCGAUGUGGUUUCUGCUCCAAAUGAGGCACUCAAACGAAUCUUAGAUCAUGCUAAAACAUCUGGUUUGAUCGAUCAAUUGUGUCUCUGCUUAGCUACUUCAGGCACAAGUCUCAUUUCCGGUUCUUCAAAUAUGCUGCGUGCUGCUUGUGAAGCCUGUAGGGCUAUUUGGAAGCUGAUAGAUGCACUAGAAAUUCUUUACAUGAAAGAAAAUACCUGUCCAUUUCCACUAACUGCUAUGCAAAGUCAUUCUUUGCUCCGACUUAACAUCAGUGAUCAAGAGCGAGGUUCCCUGGUUGGUACUGAAGCAGCAAAAGUUGUUGAUAUAGUAACAAAAGCAUUCCUCAGAUCAAAGGCAGUACAGGUUGCUAUUCAUUGCUGCAUUCAUCAACGACUAGAGGCUUCAUUGUCUGCUAGCAUUCAGCUCUUGUCAAGGUGCUGUUUACACAGUGGAAUUGUUCCAGGUGUUUUAUGUGGCCUGCCCAAUUCCCUUCCUGUAACCACUGUUGUCAGUGGUGGAGGGGAUGGAACUAUUGUUUCGGAAAUAUUUUCUAUAUUAUCUUUUUUAGCUUCCUCCUUUGGUAAAGAUACGCAAAUAGGUGAAACAAAUAACCUGAAAUGCAAAUUCACCAAUCCCACUGCCUUGGUUCUGCAUUCUUGCCUCUUUGUCGCAACAGUUGCACAAUGUUUAAAGGCAACUGGUAGAAACUCUGCAUUGUUUAUGCUUACAACUUCCCCAAAGAAGCAGCUUUCUCGAAUUUCCAUUCUUGCCCACUAUUUUUCUUCUGAUGACAGAAUAAAAACUACCUUUCAACCCUUUAGUUCAUCAGCUAUGUUGGCUCUUGCAUCCAUUGUAUCCCUUGAAACUGGAUCUUCUGUUGAGUCCCCUGUCUCUGAGAUAGCAGUACCUUUGAUUCCUCGAACUGCCACACUUUGUGGCUGCCUCAAAAUUUCAUCUAGCAACGAAAUUGAGGCGGGCAGUGCUGAUGCAAAUGGCUCUCUCUCAUAUUGGCACGGCCUUAAGGAUGGAUGUGUUGGUUUGUUAGAGUCCAGGCUGAGGUGGGGAGGACCAUUAGCAGUUCAACAGCUGUGUGCAAGUGGUAUCCCUCUGCUUCUAAUUGAUUUGUUAGCUAAAAACCGAGGAAUUGACGGGACAAAAGAUGAAGUUGGACUAUCUCCUAAAGGAGUUGUAUGGACAGUUUCAUCAAUUUGUCAUUGUCUUUCAGGGGGAGCCUCUACUUUUCGUCAGAUUUUGGUUAAAAGUGAACACAUCAAGAUCAUCUCUGACCUAAUAACCGAUUUACAUUUAAAGCUCGUAAACUGCUGGGCUGGACCUGGCGGAGGCAGGGAGGGUGUCAGAGAUAUAAUAUCUACAGUAAUUGAUCUACUAGCAUUUCCUUUUGUUGCUUUACAGAAUGCUCCAGGCCUGCCAUCUGCCACUGCUUCUGUAAAUAGUGGGUUCCUUCUCAACAUGGGAUCACCAGGUGGCAGAGUGUGCAUGGAAGACAAGGAUAUGGUAAAAGUGAUCGAGGAAGAUUUGGGAAAGUUUAUAAAAAUCCUUUUGGAGGUGGGAGUGCCUGUCAUCAUUCUUCGGUGUUUGGAGCACAUUGAGUUAAAAGAUUCUGGAAAGCCUGUUGCCUUCCUAGCUAAAAUGAUAAGCCACCGACCUAUGGCAGUUCAACUUGUGAGUAAAGGCUUGUUGGAUCCGAAUAGGUGGAAAAGGUUGCUGAAUAGUACAACACCAAGAGAAGUCACACUGGAUGCUCUUAUGAUCAUUUCCGAUUUGGCUCGAAUGGAUAAGGGAUUCUAUGAAUAUAUUAAUGGGGCUUCCGUGUUGGAGUAUUUGAAGGAAUUUCUUACACAUGAAGAUCCCAAUGUCCGCGCAAAGGCAUGCAGUGCUCUAGGCAACAUGUGCCGCCAUAGCUCGUACUUCUAUGCUUCACUGGCACGGUAUCAAAUCAUUGGCCUCCUUAUUGAUCGUUGCUCUGAUCCAGACAAACGCACACGAAAAUUUGCAUGCUUUGCUAUUGGGAACGCUGCCUACCAUAACGACACAUUGUAUGAAGAGCUCCGAAGAUCUAUACCUCAGCUUUCCAGUUUGUUGCUUUCAGCGGAGGAAGACAAGACGAAAGCCAAUGCUGCUGGUGCACUUAGUAAUCUUGUUCGCAACUCCAGCAAGCUAUGUGAAGACAUCGUGUCUAAAGGAGCCAUGCAGGCAUUGCUGAAGUUGGUAGCUGACUGUUCAGUGGCAGCCCUAAACCCGGGUAAGAAAGACGCCAUAAAUGAGUCACCUCUAAAGAUAGCCCUCUUUUCAUUGGCAAAGAUGUGUGCACACCCACCUUGCAGACAAUUCCUCCGUUCAUCAGAAUUGUUCCCAGUGAUUGGGAGGCUUCGCCAAUCUGUAGAAUCAACAAUUGCCAAUUAUGCCUCCGUUAUUAUAAGCAAAGUGGCCGACUCUUAAAGCCUCUAAAACCAAUAAAAUCAUCGUCUGCCAAAAAUACACUCCCUUCGAGUUUGAUCAUACCACUAAUCAGCAAUUACCAACGCUGCUGGUUAAAAAAUGUCACUAGAAGUUGGGGACGCAAUGGGGAGUUGUUGCUGCGGGUUUGGAUACUGUAAUUAGUCGUUUUUUGUAUGGUUGCUUGUAUAUGAGAUUAUUAGUUCAAUCAGCAUUUACAAUUUCUGGUAUAAUUUUGGGUAUAUUUAGUUUUUGUAUCUUUUUCCCGUAUAAUUUGGGAGAAGGUAAAAAAAUCCGCAGAGUAGUUCUUAUUAAUUAAUAUUCUAUUAAACCGGAUUGGGUUUUCUGGCGCAAAGUAAUGGGCCCGUGAAUAGACUGAAAAACUUGUCAGCCAAUGAUCCGGCCCAUUUUCACUUUCACUCGCGCUGUACUUAUAAAUCUUAGAUUAUGUAUUUUCAUUCAAAUAUAUAUAUAUAUAUAAAUAUAUAUUAGAUUAUGUAUUAUA